UUUUGGGAAUGCUCGGUCAAGAUUUCUCCCGGGUUGAGUUGAGCUCGGACAGGACGCGAGACUGUCUGCAUCUGCGUGCGAACAUUAAGAUCAGCUGGGCUAAGAGAGAUGACAUUGAGAAAACUCAGAGGUGAAGAGCAGGCAGCGGACAUCACAGUGUGAGGACAGUGUCUCGGACCACACUUCUGCCAAUAAACACUGCAACUGUCACAAAGCUGGUUUUAACCAGUUCAGUCAUUACGUUUGACCCCACUUUACCGCCUCAGGUGUGGGGAGCCAUUUAGCCACGACAGACAGACAUUACUGAGAUCCUCCCGCCCUUCUCAAGAGAAAACAUCACUUUUAUAUUCACACCUGUUACCAAACCCCAGCAGAUUCCUUCAUUAUACUUUUCGUUUUGUAAUCACUGACCAAACCCUCUCUCAUGGGAGUAACAUAGAGACCAGCCCAGCACAGACACUCUCUGUUCUCUUUCUCUCUCGCAUUCACACACUCACACAGACUGGUCUGCACCUUGUUCAGGAUGCCCUCCUCCUCCAGUGUGAUUAGCUGGGGAAGGAUACAGCUCUUGUGUUGAUUGGAGGGGGGAGCGGAGCGGAGCUGGACCCAUGUCGUGGAAGCGGAACUACUUUGCUUCAGGCAGCAGCGGGCUGCAGGGGAUGUUUACCCCACGCACCAUGACCUCCAUCGCUCCCAGCAAAGGCCUGAGCAAUGAGCCGGGUCAGAACAGCUGCUUCCUAAACAGCGCACUGCAGGUCCUUUGGCAUCUCGACAUCUUCCGCCGAAGCUUCCGGCAACUGAACACCCACAAGUGCAUGGAGGACUCGUGCAUCUUCUGCGCUCUGAAGAGCAUCUUUGCCCAGUUCCAGUUCAGCAGUGAGAAGGUGCUCCCAUCGGACGCCCUGCGCAGCGCUCUGGCCAAAACCUUCCAAGACGAGCAGCGCUUCCAGCUGGGCAUCAUGGACGACGCAGCCGAGUGUUUCGAGAACCUCCUGAUGCGGAUCCACUUCCACAUCUCGUUUUUUGAAAGACAUGAAUGCUUUUUCAGCAAGGAUAGUUGUGUGUAUUUCCUGUCAGUGGUGUUAACACUGGUGCUUGAGGACACGUCUGUCUCUUAUUCCCUCUGCUGCAGUAACCAAGCUGUGCGAAUGCUGGAAUGUAAGGAGAAGCCCACACCUGACAUGUUUGGAGAGCUUCUUCGCAACGCCAGCACCAUGGGUGACCUGCGAAACUGUCCGAGUAACUGUGGUGAGAUGUUACGGAUUCGGCGGGUUCUGAUGAACUGCCCGGAGAUCAUCAGCAUCGGCCUGGUGUGGGACUCAGAUCACUCUGAUCUAGCCGAAGACGUCAUCCACAGCCUGGGCACGUGCCUGCGAUUGGGUGAUCUGUUCUACCGUGUGACAGAUGAGAGGGCCAAACAAUCGGAGCUUUACCUUGUGGGCAUGGUUUGCUACUACGGCAAGCAUUACUCCACCUUCUUCUUCCAGACCAAGAUACGCAAGUGGAUGUACUUUGAUGACGCACAUGUGAAGGAGAUCGGACCUAAGUGGAAGGAUGUGGUGUCGAGAUGUAUAAAAGGCCACUACCAGCCACUUCUGCUGCUGUACGCUGACCCCCGAGGGACGCCCGUGUCAUCGCAAGACAUGCUGGCAGCGCAGCUGGACCUGCACCACAGUAGCAAGGCCGGCUAUGACAGCGAAGACUCCGGGAGGGAGCCCUCAAUUGCAAGUGACACACGCACAGACUCUUCCACAGACAGCUACAGCUACAAGCACUCUCGAUCACACCAUGAGUCCAUGGCCUCCCAUUUCUCUUCUGACUCUCAGGGAACAGUGGUGUGUAAUCAGGACAGCAGCGGUUCCCAGAACAGCAUGGACACUGCAGGGGAGGUUCUUAAAGACCAGGCCACUCCCCUUUGUACGCCAAGGCCCUCUUCUACUGGCCAUCUGCAGGACUAUAAAGAGACUGUGAAUAUGAUCCACAGCAGACCCCUCUCAUCCUCCUCUAGCUCAGGGGUGGGCGGCUCGGAGGCUGGGGCGCGGGCGAGAGAUUGGGAAGACGAGAGUACCAGCAGCGAGUCCAAGUCCAGCUCCAGUGGAGGGCGCUAUCGGCCCACAUGGAGACCCAGAAGAGAAGCCCUGAACAUUGACAGUAUCUUCAGCCGGGAAAAGCAACGGCCAGCCGGCUACGCCACGCUUGGACCUUCCCCGCUGCUGGAAGACCUGAUGUCACCAGGGCACAGUGAGCUGGUCACAGGGGCUGCGGCGGAGGGGUCAAGCAUUGCAGCAGCAGAGAUGGGGGGCAUGACUGAUGGCUCAGGGGGCGUGCCAGAAACGGAAGUGGAGCAUCUACCGAUCCCGCCACCUUUAAGAGGUGUGGAACAGCAGCCUCGGCUGAUCCAGAGGAUGGAGAGUGGCUACGAAAGUAGUGAGAGGAACAGCAACAGCCCCAUCAGCAUGGACAUGCCCCUCAGCGACAACCCAAGCACCAGUGCUCACAGGGACAGCGGCAGUAAGAGACCUGUGACUUCAGGGCCCUCCUGGCGCACAGUGCCCAAGUCCAAAAGCAGCAGUGCCAUCCUGCAAGACCUCAAAUCGCCCACCUGGAGCAGCAGUCCACUGAGUUUGGGAGAGGGGCGCAGCGAGCUGGAUGAAUUGCAAGAGGAAGUUGCUCGCAGGGCCAGGCAGCAGGAGCUCCAGAGGAAGAAGGAGAAGGAGAGAGAAGCAGCGCAGGGCUUCAACCCCAGACCCAGCAAGUUCAUGGACCUGGACGAACUUCAGCACCAGGGGAAGGGGGGCAGUUUUGAGCACUGCCUGGCGGAGGCUGACUCUCUCUUAGAGCAGUCACUGCGUCUGGAGCAAGCUGGGGAUACAGCUACAGCCCUGGCGCUCUCCCACCAUGCUGUGUCUAAACUAAGAUUUUCCAUGCAUGAGGGCAGUGCUAACACUCAUAGCAGGACUAUGGCUGCUGACGCCAAGCUGCAAAAAUGCAUGAGGAGAGCGCGGGGCCUACAGCAGCGCAUGCAGCAACAGCAAGAGCAGCAGCAGGAACCCAGCCGCCCACAGGGGCCCACCAGUGAACAGCUUGGCCCGGUCCAAGUAUUGUUGACAGACAAUCAGGAAGAGGUCUUUGAGACCAAUCAGGGUUCUGUGCUUGGCCCACCCUCUCCUCAACACAUGAAAUCACCCUCUUGUACAAACUCCCCAUCUCAGCCCUCUAGCCGCCCAUCGCUUAAUCCCCGGCCUGCCUCUUCUCAGCCUCAGCCCCAAGAGCGUGAUGAACGCAGCAAUUGGUCAACCCAGAAUGAGGACGAAUGGGGUGGCAUCAGAUUAUCAGAUGUUCUCCAAGCAUCAGGCAUUCGGAUCAUGCCCAUACGCAAGCAUCUUGCCAUAUCUCUACCCUCUUUGCCCCUUGACAUCUGGGGUGUAUUGGGAGAGGACGAAGAGGUCUCCAGCUGUCAGCACCCUCAAUCUCCAAAUCCUCCUUUGUGGCAGGGCACUGCAGAUAGUGCGGACAGGAUACUCCAAUCCAGCAAUCCCAGUCCACCACCCGACCCUGUUGAGGAGAAGGGGCCAGUACCCCGGCGAGCCCCCAUAUGGCAGACCCUGUGUGCAACUUCCCAGCCCUGCACCAAAUUGACCCCUCCUGUUACUGCCCGUCAUUGGUCCUCUUGGAGCUUAGACCGUCCAGAUGCGGUUGUCAACCCCUACAACACACCUCCUGAACAGAACCAGCGGACAGGACCUGCCCUCUCUCAACACACACCUGGAAGACACCUUGCUAAUCACAGUCCCAUGAGCACCAGGAAGAAGAACAUUGCUAAGUACUCAAAAUUCCAGAGCAUGGAGUUGGAACCCACAGAGGCCGAGGACCAGGAACUCUCUGAAUUGGACUCACUUUUCCAGGCCAGUCUGCAGGCUGGCCCGGGUCCUGGCCAAGCUCUGCGUGGUACCAGCUCACCUGCUCUUGCGAGACCAGUACCUCCGGCUGCACGAAAGCUGCUCACUGGAGUCGGACGCUCUCGGACCCCCACAGCUGAGCUUGAGAGAACUGCUUAUGGACCACCAGGUUGUUGCAGCCCUACUGGAUACAUGAACAUGCCCCCGUCAGUGGCCCAUCAAGAGCCUCAGUCAGGAGAGGAAGACCAGUAUGAUGCGGAUCACCUGCGCCGUAUUGCUCGCAGCCUGAGUGGAACGGUCAUUGGCCGUCGCCAGAACCGUCUUGCCGUCUCCCGAAGCUUCCUGGGGGACUCCGGGAUUACGCCAUAUCACAGCUCCAUGUACUCACCUAGUUGCCUUCAGUUUCCAUUGUCUCAUUCAGACCUCCAUCUGCUCCAACCCAGCUAUCUUCAUCUUCUUCCAUCAUUUUCACCCCCGUCUCAGAAGCCUGGGCCUUCCAGAGAGGCCCCAGGACGUCUCCAGAGGUUCUCCGAGUUUCUGGCUGUGUUUGACCGGCGUCAAGCUCUCUCCAGUGGGAAGCACUACGGUCCAGCAGUGAGGUGUAUUGGAAGACAUCCUCUCUGAAGUUCUCACCCAACCAAUUGGCUUUGGACCAGGUCCUCCAGCCCUGGAACAUUUCCACAGAUGUGUUUGUUCCCUUCUGCACACCUCAUCCCAUUCUCUUCACAGUUUCCUGGAGAACUGAAAGGAGCACGUUCAGAGACCUGAUGCCAUCCUCAAUCACCCUGCACUCUGUAUUGUUCCUGGGAUGAUGCCCGUCUGUUACCCUGCUAUAGUCGGUAAAUCUUUCCAUGCAGAAGCCCCUGAAGCUCGAUCCACAGCAUGACGGAAAGAGACACCAAAACCAACUUUUUUUUUAUUUAUGAGCACUGGGAUGGCGUGAUUCUUUGGGGCUGAGGUGUGUGUGUAUGACUAAC